AUGCUUGUCAAAGUCAUUUUCUUAUUUUUAUUGACAUAUCUUCUCAAAGUUGUAAUUGUACUUUGUCAUUCACUCUAUGGGCAAAGUUCUGCGGCUGGCGGCAGCUGUGGUGAAACUCUUUCCACACGAAUGGACCGGCACGUCUUCCAUAAACACAGAUUCUCAUCACGGGUUUUUGAAAGUCGGGCAAUCAGUACCCCGCUCGAAUGCUAUGCCAACUGUAUGAAAAGCUGUCGUUGUCUUUCCUACAACAUUUGCAAUGGCGGUAAAUUGUGCGAAUUGAAUUUCGAGACGAAAGCCAGCAAUGCCUCUCUUUAUAAACAGCAUGAAGAAUGUGAUUACUACGAAUACGAAUUUAGCAAACAGUCACCGUCAGGAGAAUGUUUUGAUCCAUGUUGUACAACAUCUAGCACUUGUUUAAAUGGCGGACGAUGCCAAGCCAGUUGUAUGAAAAACAAUAAAAGAUUCAAUUGUGAUUGCCCCGAUGGUUUCGGGGGCGACAAUUGUGACAUUGUUGCCACAAGCUGCGCCUCAUACACCCAGUCCUCAGACAAGACCCCUGGUCUUCGCACCAUCUACGGUCCAAACAACCAAAACUUUUCAGUAUUUUGUCAUUUCACUACCGAAUACGCUAUGACCUUGGUGAUGUCGUACUCCAGAAUUAGCAGUUCAAUCUAUCGAACUAGGGGCUUAGGAAAAGAUUAUCCAAGAAACGAGGAUAGGCAAAAUUGGGGAGACUACAGACUGUCUUUACCAAGGAUGAAAGGCAUUCGAGAUGAUGGAUCUACGCAUUGGAUAUUUACUUGCACCUACCCGGAACGUGGUGUGAGUGAUGUCGACUACCUACGCUCGAAAUUCUCCGAGACGGAUAUCAUUACCUUUAAAAGUGCUAGUGAAACACCGUGCACACAAAAGUUGGAGUAUGUCAACAUCAGAGGAAAGUCUUGUGAGGACUGCAGUGUUACACUUCUUCAAAGUGAUACAAUGAUAUUCUUUGUGAACGCAGCAAACAUCGACUGUGGAGGUCUAACAGGACUGGAUGAACCGAGUUGCCCGCCGGUAGCUGCAAAAUACUUUGGGUACUAUAACUGCCGAACAUACACACACAAAUGCAGUGAGAAAGAUGAUUCUACAACACAGUUAUGGUUCGCACAUUAUAUUGGCUGAGCCUGCAGUGACUCUGUGCAGCUCCUAAAACACACAUUGAUUUACCACGUUCUUAUAGCUAUCAAAUUACGUCGACAUAAUUUGAGCAAAGAGUAUAGUUAAAGAAGUUUAAAAUUGAUCUGGACUCUUCAUACGAUUUAAGUUAAUUAAUAUUACUAUAAAACUGUGUAUAUAUUCUGUUUUCAAUUUUCCAGUGAAAUGAACAACAACAUGCAUGUUAUACGACGAGCAAUUCAGCGUAUUAGCAAUUUUAGGCGUUUGGCUAUAAAAAAAACUUGAUCACCUUCGUCUUGGACUAUUUUUUACACAAAAGUUUACAAAUUGAUGCCUAUGGGCGACUAUUAUGACCACACACGGGUCUUUUUAUAGCGGAACUCU